AUGAGAGCUCUGUUUCGAUUCAAAUCUUUCGUAUUUGAUCCAACUCGAAGGAACACACUCGUUUCUUUUUCAAAGUCAUCGAAAUCCAAAACCCAUAAGACCCCAUCGAAGAUCCAAGCAGAAUCUGUAGCUAUCACCUCACUCUUUAACGAGAUUACUGAGAUUUUAGGAUCCGAUGUUGUCGAAUCAGACGAAACUACGCGGCUGAGGUUUCCUGUAUCGGGAGAAACCAAUGUGAUGACAGGUGGUGAUGGAGCAUUGGUCUCUUGCACGCAAGGUGUUCGUGAAAAUGCUAAAGUGGGGUUUUCGGGUGAAGAUGGAGAGGCUCAGAAAGUUGUUCUUGAAGAAUUCGACGUCAGUCCUGUGGUUCAUGAGAUUACGAGUGUUGUCAGGGCAGACGACGAUAUUUUGGUUUCAAUGGAGGACAAGUUAGAGAAAUUGAGUUUUCGGUUUGAACCCAAAAUCGUGGAAAAAGUACUGAAGAGGUGCUUCAAGGUUCCUCAUUUGGCUCUGAGGUUCUUUAGUUGGGCGAAAGAUAAGGAUGGCUUUUCGCAUAAAGUCGGUGUUUACAACACUUUGCUAAGCAUAGCUGGGGAAGCGAGGGAUCUCGAUAUGGUAGACGAAUUAGUGAAAGAAAUGGAGAGGAACAACUGUGAUAAGGAUAUUAGGACGUGGACGAUUCUUAUCUCGGUGUACGGGAAAGCAAAAAAGAUUGGGAAAGGGUUGCUUGUUUUUGAGAAGAUGAGGAAGAGUGGUUUUGAACCCGAUGCUGCGGCUUACAAUAUCAUGAUUAGGUCUCUAUGCAUUGCCGGUAGAGGUGAUCUUGCGCUUGAGUUCUAUAAGGAGAUGAUUGAAAUGGGUAUCACUUUUGGAUUGAGAACGUACAAGAUGUUACUGGAUUGCAUAGCGAAAUCAGAGAAAGUUGAUGUAGUCCAGUCCAUUGCAGAUAACAUGGUUAGGAUAUGUGAGAUUUCAGAACACGACGCUUUUGGUUAUUUGCUCAAGAGUUUUUGUAUUUCCGGCAAGAUAAAAGAAGCGCUGGAGCUGAUACGCGAGUUAAAAACCAAGGAGGUGUGCCUUGACACUAAAUAUUUUGAGAUUUUGGUUAAAGGACUUUGCAGAGCCAAUAGAAUGGUAGAUGCUCUAGAGAUUGUCGAUAUAAUGAAGAAGAGGAAACUGGAUGACUCAAAUGUCUAUGGGAUUAUUAUCAGCGGGUAUCUCAGGCAAAACGAUGUUUCUAAAGCACUUGAACAGCUCGAGGUUAUUAAAAAUGCAGGGCAUUCACCUAGAGUUUCAACAUACACUGAGAUUAUGCAACACCUAUUCAAGAUGAAACAGUUCCAUAAGGGUUGCAACUUAUUCAAUGAGAUGAUAGAGAACGGAAUUGAGCCUGACAGUGUCGCUAUCACAGCCGUGGUUGCUGGUCAUUUAGGCCAAAACCAAGUAGCAGAGGCAUGGAAAGUGUUUAGCAGCAUGGAGGAAAAGGGCAUCAAACCGACAUGGAAAUCUUAUUCGAUCUUUGUGAAGGAGCUCUGUAGAUCUGCUAAAUAUGAUGAGAUCCUAAAGCUACUUAAUCAGAUGCACGCCUCCAAGAUAGCUAUCAGGGAUGAUAUGUUUUCUUGGGUUAUCUCUUGUAUGGAGAAAAAUGGUGAAAAGGAGAAGAUUGAACAUGUCAAAGAAAUCCAGAAAAAAUGCAAAUCCUACCCCCAAGAACUAAGCGUAUCUUACAAAACAGAAUUAAGGCAAGAAGAGGAGCUUGUUGAUGACUAUAACCAUCCACAGGUAGUGCAGCUGUCAGCUCCUCCACCAGCUUCAUCUGCUGUUGAUAAAAUGGAUGUGCAAGCAAUUUGUCGCAUGUUAUCAUCCUCACGAGAUUGGGAGAGAACCCGAGAAUCUCUUGAAAAAUCGACAGUCGAGUUCACACCAGAACUAGUAGUUGAGGUUCUUCGUAAUAGCAUGAUACAGGGAAACACUGUUUUACGUUUCUUUUCAUGGGUGGGAAAGAGAAAUGGAUAUAAGCAGAGCGCAGAGGCAUAUAACAUGAGCAUCAAAGUUGCGGGUUGUGGGAAAGAUUUCAAGCAGAUGAGGAAUCUGUUUUACGAGAUGAGAAGACAAGGUUGCUUGAUUACACAAGAUACAUGGGCAAUCAUGAUUAUGCAGUACGGUAGAACCGGUCUUACCAACAUUGCUAUUAAAACGUUCAAGGAAAUGAAAGAUAUGGGUCUGAUCCCGAGCUCUUCGACAUUCAAGUGUUUGAUCACAGUUCUAUGCCAGAAGAAAGGCAGGAAUGUUGAAGAAGCCACCAGAACAUUCCGCGAGAUGAUUCGUGCAGGUUAUGCCCCAGAUAGAGAACUAGUCCAAGAUUACUUAGGAUGCUUAUGUGAAGUUGGUAACACAAAGGAAGCGAAACGGUGUUUGGAUUCUCUUGGCAAGAUAGGUUUCCCAGUCCCUGUGGCCUACUCUAUUUACAUUAGAGCUCUUUGUCGAAUUGGAAAACUAGAGGAAGCUCUGGCAGAAUUAGCCAAUUUCAAAGGAGAUAGAUCUUUAUUAGACCAGUUUACAUAUGGAAGCAUUGUUCAUGGUUUAUUGCUGAAGGGACAGUUACAAGAAGCAUUGGAUAAAGUGAAUUCCAUGAAGGAAAUGGGAAUAAAACCUGGAGUCCAUGUCUACACAUCUCUGAUUGUACAUUUCUUCAAGGAGAAACAGCUCGAGAAGGUUUUAGAGACAUGUCAGAAAAUGGAAGAAGAAAGCUGCGAGCCUUCGGUUGUUACAUAUACAGCAAUGAUAUGCGGGUACAUGAGCCUCGGAAAAGCAGAAGAGGCUUGGAAAGCAUUCCGCAAUAUGAAAGAGAAGGGAGCUUCACCAGAUUUUAAAACAUACAGUAAGUUCAUAAACUGUUUGUGCCAAGCAGGUAAAUCUGAAGAUGCCCUGAAUCUUCUGUCUGAAAUGCUGGAUAAAGGUAUUGCUCCAAGCACCGUCAAUUUCCGAACAGUUUUCUACGGGUUAAAUAGAGAAGGCAAGCAAGAUCUUGCUCGGAGUGUUUUACAGAAGAAGUCGGCUUUAGCAGCACAACGAAAGGUAUCUGCAUGA